AAAUAUUAUUUUUACAUUAAAUUUCUUAAUGAUCAUUCCAAGUGAAGAAGUGAAGGUAUUGUAAAUUUUAAAACGUCGAAUAUACAUAUGUAUUAUAAUUUAGUAAAAUAUUAGAGGAUGCAAAGUAAAAUUUAUCUUUGUUUUUAUAAAAUAAAACCAGUCAAAAAAUUCAUUCUAAUGAAAAUCAAGCAAUCAAUUGAGUGUGUUUCAAAUCUCCCACUCAAAAUUUGAAACAAUGCUGGCUGGCUGGCUGGGUGCCACGUCCUUGUAGUCGUUUUCCGUUAUAAAACCCGCCGACUUCAGCGGCGAAAGAAAUUUUAAGUUUAACGGCUACUAGAGGAUGAACACAAAGUUUGAAAUAUUUGAAUCCGACGAGUCGCAUCUCUUAGCCAUUUCUUUAACUGCCUGAAGCAGAGUUUCUUUCUUAUCCCCAAAACUCCGUUUCCGGCGCCGAUCAUUCAUCAUCUUCACAACCCAGAACCAGAAGCAGAUAAAGAAAGUUGUCAAAGAAUUCCCCACUUUUCACAAUCUGAUUUUGCCUUUUGAUUCUCAUUAACCAUCUCCGCGAGUUUCAAGCAGUAAACUUCAAGGAAAACCAGAAGAACCCAACCCAAGAAUCGGGCCUUCAAUUUCAUUCUCCAGUAAAGGGUACACUAGUUUCACAAAAUUUCUAUCUUCCCAUACACAUAGCUUACCAGUUUUAUUUGAUUGUUUUCGAGUUAUUUGCAGGUGGGGCAUACAGAGGCUUUUCCAAAGAUGAAUGAUCUGAUGACAAAGUCCUUUCUAAGUUAUGUGGAAUUGAAGAAACAGUCUGGGGUCGAUCCCGAGUCCGAGAAGGACAUAGAGAAAGGCCCUCAGCCACGGGAUGAGGCAACCCUGUCUCAUUUCUUCCAAGAAGUCGAUGCCAUCAAGUCUGAAAUGGAGGGGAUCACUAGUCUCCUCUCUGAUCUUCAAAACCUAAAUGAAGAGACAAAGUCCACUCACAGUGCUAAGGUUCUUUGCGGGCUAAGAGAUAGGAUGGAUUCAGAUAUGGUCGCUGUGCUUCGCAAGGCCAGGAUUGUCAAGGCCAGGCUAGAAGUUAUCGAUAAAUCAAAUGCUGAUAAUCGUAGGGUAUCUGUGGCAUUUCGAGAAGGAAGCUCGGUUGAUCGAACGAGGAUUUCUAUCACCAAUGGCCUGAGAAUGAAGCUCAAGGGCUUGAUGAUAGAAUUUCACUCUUUGAGAGAGAGAAUAGUGUCUGAUCACAAAGAGUAUCUGAGGAUGAGAUACUACAAUGCAACCGGUGAGAUACCAAAUGAGGAAGUGAUCGAAAAGAUGAUUUCAGGAAAUGGGAAAGUUGAAGUACUUGAGAAGAGGACAGAGCUGAGUUUGGAGAAUAAACAGAGGCAUGAAGCUGUGAUGGACAUACAGAGGAGUUUGAAUAAUCUACAUCAGGUUUUUCUUGAUAUGGCUGUUCUGGUGGAGACUCAAGGCGAAAAGAUCGAUGAUAUCGAGCAGAAUGUGGCUAAUGCAGGAAGCUUCGUCAGUGGUGGAACUAACAGUCUUUUCCAUGCCCAGCAGAUGAAGAAGAAGCGCAAGAAGUGGGUGUAUUGGGUUUGGGCUGCGGUGAUGAUCAUAUUGCUGGUAUGCUUAGUUGCAAUGUUGUCUUCUUGAAAUGAAUGGCAAUGGAAUGGUUUUUAGAUUAUCUUUUUGGGGAUUGUAGUUUCAAGUUUGGUCGUCCCUCCCAUAGCGAGCUUCUCUGAGCUCACGAAUUCGUACUGCUAACUCUUUCAACAACUGUUUCAUUUCAAUUUUGAUUCAUCUUUGAGGGCAUUUCUAAAAAUAUUGUGAAAUGCUUAGCAAAAAUAGAUUUCACCAUGCUAUCUCUUUCUG